AUCAGACACUCGAGAUGGAAAAGAAAUCAGACACUCGAGAUGGAAAAGAAAUCAGACACUCGAGAUGGAAAAGAAAUCAGACACUCGAGAUGGAAAAGAAAUCAGACACUCGAGAUGGAAAAGAAAUCAGACACUCGAGAUGGAAAAGAAAUCAGACACUCGAGAUGGAAAAGAAAUCAGACACUCGAGAUGGAAAAGAAAUCAGACACUCGAGAUGGAAAAGAAAUCAGAUACUCAAGAGGUUUUCAUCAAAAGCUUUAUUAUGCAUAAUGAGUCAGAGAUUGGGGUCAAAACGUUAAGUUGUGAUAAUCUGAUUACAUUCCUUGUACCAGCUGGUCCAGCUCAGGAUGGUAAACAUGUCACCAUCCAACACAGAUGUAUACAUAGCCUUGGUAUGCUGAAGGCCGAGACAGACUCUAAUAGGAUCCAUAUGAUGUUUCUGUCAGUAUUACACCUCUGCAAUCUAUCCCUGAACUGUUUCUAUUCCAAGAAUGCUCAGAAGUUUCCUAAUUCAAUAAAAAAUAUGUUCUGAAUACAUUUCACCCACUUUUCUUUCUUUAGACUGGCCCUUCUUUCCAAAAUAUGUUAUGUCCAAUUCCAGAUUCCCCAAGUCUUAAACUAAGGGGAGAUAAUUAAUGUUAGUAUAAGAAUUUAUCUGGGCAAUUAUUUACAAAAACUUAGGUACUGGUAUCUAGUCUACCCUUUCUUCAACAAGAGGUAAUUACUGACACAAGUCCAGGGGGCUAGUACAUAGAUAUGUUUGGUUUUCAUAUUGCAUUGUUUAACGUCCUAUCAACAACCAUGGUCAUUUAAGAAUGAGGAGAGCAUGUAGCCUCUGUCUCGAAGUCUGGAGAGGGCUUAUUAUAAGAAGAAAUUGCAUUGGUAAGUGGUAAUUCCUCUGAAUAGCACUAUAGAUAUGGAAGAGUUUAC